CUUCCAGGAAAUCCUAAUCGGGGUUUUGUUCUAUACAAGUGCGUCUUCCCCAAAGUUGGGCGCGAGUCUUUCCCCGCUGCGUCUCCUGCUGCGUCUCUGACUUGGAGGAAAUGCUGUCCUUCUGGGAUGUAGCUAUUGAUUUCUCUCCAGAAGAGUGGGAAUGCCUGGAGCCUGCUCAGUGGAAUCUGUACAGGGAUGUGAUGUUGGAGAAUUACAGCCACCUUGAUUUCCUGGGUCUUGCUGUCUCUAAGCCAUUCCUGGUGACAUUUCUGGAGCAAAGACAAGGACCUUGGGAUGUGAAGAUACAAGCAGAAGCCCCUGUGAAUCCAGGAACAAUACCCAAUGAUUGUAACAAUUAUUGCAAGGCCACUGAUUAUAAACCACUCCUUAUUCAACACCAGAGAACUCAUACAGGGGAGAAACCCUACAAGUGUGAAGAAUGUGGUAAGGCCCUGAGUUCUCAUAAAGCACUUUCUAUACACGAGAGACUUCACACCGGAGAGAAACCCUACACAUGUAAAGAAUGUCAUAAGGCCUUCAAUACACGCUCAUCACUUUUUAUACACCAGAAAAAUCAUACUGAUGAAAAAACCUACAAGUGUGAAGAAUGUGGCAAAUCAUUUUACUAUCCUUCAAUGCUGAAGCAACAUCAAAGAAUUCAUUCUGGAGAGAAACCCUACAAGUGUGAAGAGUGUGGAAAAGCCUUUUGCUAUCCUUCAUUCCUUAAGCAACAUCAAAGAAUUCAUUGUGGUGAAAAUCCCUACAAGUAUGAAGAAUGUGGCAAAAGAUUUUCCUGUUUUGCAGGAAACAGAACAGAACAGGAAGAUCAAAAAGUUCAUACUGGAGAGGAACCCUACAAGUGUGAAGAAUGCCACAAAGCUUUUCGUUUUCACUCAGCUCUUAGGAUACACAAGACAGUUCAUACUGGAGAGAAACCCUACAAGUGUGAAGAGUGUGGCAAAUGUUUUUCGUCAUCUUCAUGCCUUAGACGACAUCAAACAAUUCACUCUGAAGACAACCCCUACAAAUGUGAAGUGUGUGGCAGAUGUUUUUGCUCAUCUUCAUCACUUAGACGACAUCAAACAUUCCAUUCUGAAGACAAUCCCUAUAAGUGUGUAGAAUGUGACAAAAGGUUUUCCUGUUCUGCAAGCCUUCAGGAACACCAAACAAUCCACACUGGAGAGAAACCAUACAAGUGUGAAGAAUGUCACAAAGCCUUUCGCUAUACUCAGCUCUUAGGAGACACAAGAGAGUUCAUACUAGAGAGAAAUCUUACCAGUGUAAAGAGUGUGGCAAAUGUUUUUCCUCAUCUUCGUGCCUUGGACGACAUAAAACAAUUCACACUGAAGACAAUCCCUACAAAUGUGCAGAGUGUAGCAAAGCCUUUGUUAAUCUUUAUAGCCUUACUCGACACAUGAUAGUUCAUACAGGAGAGAAAUCUUACAAAUGUCUUAAAAAGUUUACUUCUUCAGACCUUAAGACACACCAAAUGACUUAUUCUGAAUAAAACUCUGAGUAUGUGGAAUGUGGUUAAAAAAAAAAUCUUUGCUAAUCAUUCAGAUCUUAAUCCAACUCAAAUGAAUCCAUGGUGGAGAAUGUUAAUUAUUUGGAAUGUCAGCAUGAACAUCUCACUUCCAUAAAUGCUAAGAAUGUCAUCAGAGAACAGUAGACUUCUCUUUGUUGUAACCUCCACAUCAGUUUGUUCAAGCAGUGUGUUUGAAACUUGCCUUGAUUGAUGAAUUUCUUCUGUAAUUAUAAAUGUUCCACGAAAGCUUUACAUUGUUAUAACUUGAUCCUGUGGGUGCCCUGAAUCUGAGUUGUGGGUUGUAGUACAGUUACUGUUACUUUUCCCUGUGGUAUCACCCAAACACCUGGAAUAACAUCUCACUUGAAUAUGUAAGAAUCUCCAUAGACUCAUCAUUGGUACCAAACCGGUGUGAAAGGGCAUUUGUGUUUAUCUCCCAAGGACAUGCUAACAGAACCCAUUUUCAGUCAUAUUCGAAUCCAGAAUAAAGAAUCUCUUAUUUCCUUUA